AUGGAUCUCUCCAUACCGAGGAUCAAAUACGAGACAGAGGAUUAUUAUUACGACGAAUUCGAGCUACCAGAACCGGAGCCUGUGGGAGAUAGCGGGGAGAGGAGGCGAGCGGGGAGUGUCGCGGGCGCGGGGGGAGCGCGCCACCGUCAGGCGGCGGCGGCCGCAACGACGACGGCGCACAGCAAGCAGCUGGCGGCGGGCGGGCCCAACCACCCGCCCCAGCCGCAAGGUAACAAACGAUCGGGCUGCGGCGGCGAUGGGGACUACCAGCUGGUGCAGCACGAGGUGCUCUACUCCUCGUCCAACAGGUACGAGGUGCUGGAGUUCCUCGGGCGCGGCACCUUCGGCCAGGUGGUCAAGUGCUGGAAGAAGGGCACCAACGAGAUAGUCGCCAUCAAGAUCCUCAAGAACCACCCCAGCUAUGCUCGUCAAGGACAGAUUGAGGUGUCGAUCCUGUCGCGGCUCUCGCAGGAGUCCGCCGACGAGUUCAACUUCGUGCGCGCGUACGAGUGCUUCCAGCACCGAUCGCACACGUGCCUCGUUUUCGAGAUGCUCGAGCAGAAUUUGUACGACUUCCUCAAGCAGAACAAGUUCUCGCCGCUGCCGCUCAAGUACAUCAGGCCGAUACUGCAGCAGGUGCUCACGGCGCUGCUCAAGCUCAAGCAAUUGGGCCUCAUCCACGCGGACCUCAAGCCGGAGAACAUAAUGCUCGUGGAGCCAGCUCGCCAGCCGUACAGGGUCAAGGUCAUCGAUUUCGGAAGCGCUUCGCACGUCAGCAAGGCCGUCUGCAACACCUACCUGCAGAGCAGAUACUACAGGGCGCCCGAAAUCAUCCUGGGCCUGGCGUUCUGCGAGGCGAUCGACAUGUGGUCCCUGGGCUGCGUGGUGGCCGAGCUGUUCCUCGGCUGGCCGCUCUACCCUGGCUCCUCGGAGUACGACCAGAUCAGAUACAUCUCGCAGACGCAGGGCCUGCCCACCGAACAUAUGCUCAACAGCGCCUCGAAGACUGCCAAGUUCUUCUACCGGGACGUGGACAGCACUUACCCGUUCUGGAGGCUGAAGACACCCGAGGAGCACGAGCUGGAGACGGGCAUCAAGAGCAAGGAGGCCAGGAAGUACAUCUUCAACUGCCUAGACGACAUCGGACAGGUUAACGUACCAACGGAUCUUGAAGGCGGCCAACUCUUGGCCGAGAAAGCAGACAGAAGGGAAUUCAUUGACUUACUGAAGAAAAUGCUCACAAUGGACCAGGAGAGGAGGAUAAUGCCCGGUGAGGCGUUGAACCACGCAUUCGUCACACUCGCCCAUCUCGUGGACUAUGCACACUGCAACAACGUCAAAGCCUCCGUUCAAAUGAUGGAGGUGUGCCGUCGGUCGGGCAGCGGCGUGGGCGGCGUGGGAGUGGGCGUGGGCGCGGUGGGCGUGGGCGUGGGUGGCGGCGCGGAGUACGGCGUGGGCGGCGUGGUAGCGCCCGCCGCAGCGCCCACCGCCCACCACCUCGCCCUCACCAUCAACCAGCAGCGGCUGCGCGCCGCCCCCUACGAUAAUCUGUACCAACUGUACCAAGGCGGGCGCGUGGCGGUGGGUGGCGCGAGGCAGUAUGCCACAAGGGCCGCCGAGCCAUUUCCCCACCAGUUUGUUUCUUCCAUUCUGUGUCAGCCCGCUUACCAGGUGCAGCAGCUGGCUGCAGCGGCAGCCGCCGCCGCCGCCGCCCACCACCAGCACGGUGUGGGCGUGGGCGUGGGCGGCGUGGGUGUGGGCGGAGUGGGCGUGGGCGUGGGCGACGUGGGCGAGUGGCGCGCACCGCUCAUCGUGGAGCCGGCGCCUCUGCCCGAGCCCGACGUGUGGGACUUCCACCCGCACCACCCGCAGCACCAUCACCCUCACAAGAGAUCCACGAAGCAGCAGACAAGCGCCGUGCCCCACUACCAGCCGCACCACCAAACGCAUCAAUACAGUAUGGCAAGCAGUGGUGGCAAAAAGGAGCCAACUCAGCUGUCUCCAGUCAAAAAGAGGGUGAAAGAGGGCACACCGCCAUCCAGGCACAGGCAUCACCACGACCACACGGUCCAGAACGGCGCUAUCGCCGGAACGUGGGAGGGCAACGGCAACUGCGGUGGUGGACACACCAUCACCAUCCGCGACACCCCAUCACCGGCCGUCUCGGUCAUCACCAUAUCGGACUCGGACGAUGAUGAGACGCCGCGCCGCCCCCGGCAGGGCCAGAACCAGAACCAUACCCAUCAGGCGCCGGGCCAGGGCCAGAGUCAUCACCAUCACCAGCACCAACAUCAGCAUCAGCACCAACACCAGCACCAAAACCAGCAGCAUCACCAGCACCAGCAGCAUUCGCACAACAACAGAGGAAGUGGCGACUGCGCGGCGACGACGGCAACGCACAACAACAACAACAACGGCAACAACAACGUCACCAGCGGCGGCAACAACACGAACGGCAACGGCCACAGCAACAACAAUGGCGCCCCCGUCAACGCGGUGACGGUGAGCAGCGGCGGCGUGAUCUGCAGCGCACGCACUCCCCGCGACGAGAGGCACGUCAAGCACGAGCCCCACCAGAAUUGCCACCACCACCACCAGCAGCAACAAGUGCAGCAUCAACAACAACAGCAGCAGCAACAGCAACACCAACAACAGCAGCAGCAACAACAUCAUCAACAACAACAACAGCAGCAACAGCAGAGCGUGCGCAGCCACGCGCCGGCGCAGCCUCAAGCGACGCCGCAGAGCCAGAAGAAGCGCUUACUCGCUUUAGCGCAGCAAGAGGCCCAGGCGAAGCAGGAGCCACUGCCCGAACAACAGCCUGCACACUACGUCACGAGCGGUGCGACUAUUCGACAAACGAACGACUAUCAAUGCAACCAGUACAUGCCUGCGCAGAUCAGCAAAAGGGACAGUAGCGGAGGCUGCCGCGACUAUCUGCCGGCCACGAGCGGCGCCAUGAGCGCGGUUAGCGCCGUGAAUGCCCACGCGGUGGGCGUGGGUGUGGGCGGCGUGGGCGUAGGAGUGGGGGUGGGCGUGGGCGUGGGAGGCCCGCCAGCCGCGCACAAGCACGCGGCGCCGCACGCCUGGCACCACCAUCCGCACGCACACUACAAAACGGCCAGCGGCGGUGUACUGUCACCCGGAGGGGGGGUGUCACCCGGAUACCUCCCACCACCGCUUUACGUCCCCACAUACCAUUAUCACACGGGCGGCGUAGCGGGCCCGCCGCCGGCGCACCACUCGAGCGGCGCCCGCCUGCCCGGCUACCUGCAGCCCUACUCGCCCACCUACCUGGUGCCGCCCCACGCGCCCCACCAGCAGCACCAGCAACACCUGUGGUACGAC